GAGAAUUUCCGAGCACCAUGAGAGCCUCCCGGAUCGCCCGCCGUUUCAUCGUCUUCAUCUUCGUCGUCUUCGUGUUUUUCACGGGCUUCAUCUCUCUGCAAUAUGACGUAGACAUUGACGACGACGCGGUAAGCAAGUUGUCCAUCCGCCGGAAGAACCGACCUCUUGACCCCGCUCGGAACCACAUCCGGUCGUUGAUGAUGGAGUCGGAGAAAGUCGCGGACGAAGGUUCCAAGUUCGGGAAUUUCCGGAACCGCUUCAAGAAAUGGCAGCCGCGGUGGUUGUCCGCUCGAGUGAAAUUGGCGGCGGAGAAGAAUAUAACGGUGGACGAGACGAGAUACGUGAUCUACCGCUGUGACCAGAGUGACGCCUACGGCUGUCGGGACUGGGCGGAGCUGGUGCAGGGCAUGACACAGACCUACGUGGUGUCCACCUUGGCGGGGCGGAGGUUCAAGGCCGAGCUGGUCAACUUUCCGUGUACUCUCGAGGAUUUUGUCUCGGCGGCCGUUGUGCAGUGGACGCACCCUGUGACUUUUCAUCGACGACUGUUCAAACUUUCCCCGCGCAUGCAGAGACACCUGGACCUCUAUCUGUACGCCAUCUUGCCCUCUGAAGGUCACCGACUCAUCUGUCUGGACAUCAGCUCCUCCCCCUAUGACGUCACACAGCAGGAGGCGGGGCCAGACGACAGCGUACUUCGCAAAGUCUGGAACUUCGUUCUAGAACAUUCCAAGACACAGGUGGACAAAAUCUAUCUCCGCACUGACUAUCCGCACGUGCGUCACUCCGCGAGCCGCCAGUCUUUUGCCAGAAGCACCGUGCACAAGCUAGAGGUCACUCGCUCUACCUCCCACCUGGGCGAGGCGGGAGCGACCUGUGAGAGGCUGGAGCAUGGACUCAUUGACCACUACAUCAUGAGGAACUGUGACGUGUUACUGGUCAGCGGGAGUCAGCUAGGGCGGCUGGCGGCUGCUGUCAGGGCGAGCGAUGAGGGCUUGUUUUGUCUGAUGGCCAACGGGCAUAUCCAUCCUUGUAACACGAAGGGGCUGAGUGACUUGUUUGUGGCGCAUUCCUGAUUGUGUGUGUGUGUGAGUGU